UGUUGAGAUGAAGGAGAGUAACAAGUUGAACGGCAACUCUCAUCAUCAUCGUUUUCAUCAUUUUAUUUUGUUUUACAUCUUUUAAUUCAUUGUUUUAUUUCGUUUGAUAAUUCAUCAAUAGUUUAAUAGUAAUCAUGUAAAUAUUACACAUCUGUUGGAUACUUUUUGCUGUCUUCUGUUUUCGAUACAUUUUAUUGGAGUUUUCUUGUUCAUAAGUUUUAGUGAUAAUGAAGUGUUUUGGCGGCUCAGAUAAACGGCGAACUUAUCAUUGUAAAAUUGUUUUACUUGAUGAGACUGAGCUUAUCCAAGAGAUUUGUGACACCUCUAAAGGACAAGAUUUACUGGAUAUUGUGUUUAAACAUCUUAAUCUUCUUGAAACUGUCUAUUUUGGUCUUAGAUUCAUUGGCGCAAAUGGGCAAGCCUGUUGGUUGGAUUCAACCAAAAAUAUUGUUAAACAAGUUAAAAAUAUUAAUCCAUUGACAUUUUAUUUCGGUGUCAAAUUUUAUGCCUCUGAUCCGUGCAAACUUCUGGAAGAAAUUACUAGGUACCAAUUUUUCCUCCAAAUCAAACAAGAUAUAGUGCAAUCUCGUCUACUUGCUCCAAGUGAUUUGUUGGCUCAACUAUUUGCUUACGCAGUUCAAUCUGAACUUGGUGAUUACGACCCAAGACGUCAUCAACGUGGCUAUGUAUCCGAGUUUCGUUUCGUGUCCAAUCAAACCCCUGAACUCGAGGAAAAAGUGUCCGCUUUACACAAGACUUUGGUCGGACAAGUUCCAGCCACAGCCGAGAUAAACUUCCUGGAUAAGGUGAAAUGGCUUGAUUUGUAUGGAGCCGAUCUCCACCCUGUUCUGGGUGAAGACAAUGUUGAAUAUUUUCUAGGUCUAACACCAAGCGGAGUGAUCGUCCUGCGUAACAAAUCCAAGGUUGGCAAUUAUUUCUGGCCAAGAAUUGUCAAAAUAUUUCGAAAGGAUAAAUACUUCAUGCUUCAAGUUGUUGAAAAAUCUAAUGAAAAUAACACUUAUGGGUUUGAAUUGCCAUCUAAACAAGCAUGUAAACACUUAUGGAAAUGUUGCACUGAACAUCAAGAAUUUUUCCGUCUAACCCAAAACCGGGAUCGUCUUAACCCAACCAACAGUCGAUUUGGUGGAUUUACCUCAAGAUUUCGCUAUUCGGCUCGAUCCUUGAAUAAAGAUGAUCGAAGUAACCACACUCGAGAUACUCGUCCUUCACCGGUCAUUGUUAGAGUUCCUAGUCGACGGUAUCAACGUCGUCAACCUGAUGGUUCAGAAGGACCAACUUACAAAGAAGACGCGUUAACGGACAAACCUAUUCAGUCAGAUGGCCAGAACAAUGUGGUUGUUCCUCCGGGUCGACAUAUAACUCAACCUGUAAUAUAUCGAUCAACAUCAGUUCCUGGGGCGUUAACUGUUAAUGAUUCACCUAAAAGCAUACGAUCAGCGCCAUGGGAGAAUCCUCACCAGAAAGGCCUUUUCUCAAGUUGUGGCGAUGUUUCACCUCAUUCAACACGCAAUAGUGUAGUUUCUGGUAAUCCCCAUCGCACUUCUUCCGUGGUUAGUGGUCAAACGUUAACAAACAAUAACAAUGGCAACCAUCAUCAUCAUCAUCAUCACCAUCGACGAAAUUCAUCUUCAUCCAUCAACCGAGGCAAUUCAAAAAGUGGAAGAGCUUCUGAUAAUGAAAGUGAGAUUUCCCGUUGUUCAAAGUCAUCCCGUCAUUCGCAUCAUUCAACUCGUAGCUCUGCUUCCCAUCAUCAUCGCUGUAAAAGCCGACGCAAUGGUGAUGAAAGUGGAAAUGAAUCAGAUUCCUCUAGAAGACGCCAUCGACGUCGACGUAAAUGUUGCAGUGAAGCUAAUUUCACUAUGGUUGACUCGGAACAACAAUGGAAGGAGAUCCAAAGACGCCAAAUGGAAGCUCAAGAAUCUGGUUUGCAAUCUAUGGGAACAUCCAGUAGACCGGUUAUAAUUCAAACGGCUCACACAAGAGACUAUAGUCAAAGACAAGAUCAACUAAUUACUAAUGGUUAUUACAGUCAAGGAAAAGAGAAUGAAACUGAAAUUAGAGCUGAUGAAACCAUUAAUCGCAUGAGAAGAAAAGAUAAUGUAAGGAUAGGAGAUUUGAUCCCGCAAGAGAUAAAAAAGCAUAUUCAAUAUGAUUUGGUCAUUCCGACUGAAGAAGAUAAGCAUACAAUUAACUACACAAGAGUCGAGACUGAUAAUUCCAGAUUAUUUAAAAUUCGCUAUUCACCUAAUUCUGGUCGUGCAAAAUAUAAGUUGGAAAAGAAUCCUGUUAAACAAAAUUCUGGAAGCUCAGAUGCCAAGUCAACUAAUGAGGAAAUUCACGGUGGAACUAGUUAUUCAAGUCAAGGAUCUAUAAUUCCUAAUCAAUAUGCUUUACCUCGAAGUGCUCUCAAACCGAGCAACAGCAUCAGUUCAUCUGGCUAUAGUGAAUCUCAAGCGGAUAUGAAUGGACAAUUUGAUAGCUAUUACAAUCAAAAUGGCAAGCUCAAUCAUUAUGAUGUAAACAUAUACAAUGGUCAUCCACCUGCUACCAAUCAACUCAUCAACAGUAAUUUAAUUCAGCACAAUCAACCAAUGUAUCGAGUUAAUGGAGACAAUAAUGUUAGCCUUCCGGGGCAAAUCAAUCCAAAUAUUGAUUCGAUGGCUCAAUCAAAAAUCCAACAAUUUAACCAUCAAAUUCUGGAUGGACAAUUAAAUGGGUACCAUGAUAAUGGACAGUUUAAUGAUAGAUCCAGAAUGGUUGUUACAAAUGAACGACAACCUACAAUGACUGAAUCGUAUCUAGAAAAUCAUUAUAAUGGACAUGAUGAAAUGUUGAAACAUCCUUCUGAUAAUAUCAAUAAUAUUUAUCAAUCUCCAAGACGCCAAACCAAUCUAGAAUCUCAUUAUGAUCAACCAGUUUAUCAACCUCGUGUUACAUUCCAAAGUCCACCAAGUACAACAACUUACUUUACUAAUCAGAUAAACCCUUCUUCAAAAAUAACUAAUGGAUAUCCAUUGAAAAAUAAUCCAUUACAAUUACACGAGAUGAGUACUGAACUCUAAGAGUAGAUUAGCAUGAAAAUCAGUGCUGAAUCAAUUCGCAAAUUUACAAUUGUUAUCAUAUGUAAAUAAUUUUACCCUAUGUUAGUUGAAAAAAUGUAUUGUAAAUAGAUUUAUUAAUAAACUCUUGAAAUCACGAUUUCAAACAGAUAAUUUA